UCGACAGACGUUAAUGUGUGUAGAUUAUAUAUAUAUAUAUAUCCUGUACUUACAUAUAUAUAUAUAAUUCUCUUUUACUUUGUUGAUCUGUUUCUCUCUAGAUCCAUAAAGAAAAACCAUGUCUCAAUAUUCAGGAUCGAGGUCCUCACCACUUCCACUGCUGUUUCGAAGGCAUUCGAGUGGAGAAAUCAAGAAUUUGGCCUCAGUGUCAAGCAGUCUCUUACCUGCUUUUGGAACUAUUGUGGAUGAAAAUCACCUACAGCUCAAGAAAUAUGUUAUUGCUCCCUAUGAUAGAAGAUAUAGGUGGUGGCAGACGUUCUUGGUGGUAUUGGUAAUAUACUCAGCAUGGGCGUCGCCGUUUGAGUUGGCUUUUAAGAAAGUGGCAACGGGGUCUCUCAUGGCCGUUGACUUAACUGUAGAUGCAUUCUUCGCUAUUGAUAUUAUUCUAACUUUCUUUGUCUCUUACUUGGACAAAACUACCUAUCUUUUAGUUGUUGAUCACAAGAAAAUUGCUGCCAGGUAUGUAACCAAACUAUGGUUCCCUAUGGAUGUGGCCUCAACUCUACCGUUUCAGCUCAUAGACAGAGGCUUUACCGGCAAAGUGCACACUGGUGAGGCAUUUGGUUUUCUCAAUUUGCUUAGGUUGUGGCGACUCAGGCGUGUUAGUCAACUCUUUACAAGACUAGAGAAAGACACACGCUUUAGCUACUUCUUGACAAGAUGCUGCAAGCUAGUCUGCGUGACACUAUUCGCGGUGCACUCGGCAGGGUGCUUCUACUUCUGGCUGGCGACUCACCACAAGAACCCGGCGAACACAUGGAUAGGAAGCCAGGUAGAGGAUUUUGAACACAGGACCAUCUGGUUAGGCUACACCUACUCCAUCUAUUGGUCAAUUGUCACACUCACCACUGUGGGGUACGGUGACCUGCACGCCGUCAAUACUGGGGAGAAGGCUUUCAAUAUGGUCUAUAUGCUCUUUAAUAUUGGCCUCACUGCUUAUCUCAUUGGUAACAUGACCAAUUUGAUUGUCCACAGUGCUAUCAGAACCUUUGCCAUGAGGGAUGCUAUCAACGAGAUAUUGAGGUAUGCCAGCAAAAACAGACUUCCAGAGGGAUUGAAAGAGCAAAUGCUGGCACACUUGCAACUCAAGUUCAAGACAGUAGAGUUACAGCAAGAAGAAGUGCUUGAAGAUCUGCCCAAGGCAAUAAGAUCCAGCAUUGCCCAGCAUCUAUUCCACCGCACACUUGAAAAGACCUACAUGUUUAAGGGAGUCUCUCAAGACCUCCUUGUUCAAAUGGUUUCAGAGAUGAAAGCAGAAUAUUUUCCACCUAAGGUUGAUAUCAUUUUGCAAAACGAGAUUCCAACAGAUUUCUACAUUUUGGUGUCAGGAUUAGUGGAGGUGCUAGUUUACAAAAAUGGUACAGAGCAGCUUUUGUCAAAACUAGGAUCUUCGGAUAUGGCUGGAGAAAUUGCGGUACUUCUAAACAUCCCACAACCUUUUACAUUAAGAACAAAGAGGCUUUCUCAGGUCAUCCGAAUGAGUCAUCAUCAUUUCAAGCAAAUACUGCAGCCAAAUAGUCAAGACGGAAAGAUUUUACUCUCCAACUUUAUUGAGUACUUGAAGGGCUUAAAAACAGAGAUGCUAGAAGAAAUACCUUAUCUCACAGAAUUAUUGAGUGACUUAGUUACAGAGCAGCCCAUAGGCUCGAAUGGGGAUCCACAAAAUCAAGUAUCUCUAGAUGGAAAUACACAGGUAGAAGAAAUACCUGAUAAUUCUAAUCUAUGGUCGAGCACAUUUCCUGUCAGAGUGAUUAUCCAUGGACAUAGUCCUAACGAAAAUACAACAGAAGGUAAGACUACCGGGAAAGUUGUAUAUCUGCCUGACACGAUUGAAGACCUUUACAGCUUGGCAGAGAACAAGUUAGGAAAACAAGCAAGCAUAAUCGUCAUGGCUGAUGGCUCGCAGGUGGAAGAAUUGAAUGCUUUAAGAGAGAAUGACCAUCUUUAUAUCUUUUGAUGAAGAUUAAUACAAGUGUUAAACAAUUGCACUGUAAAAGGCCUUGCAAAAAUUUACAAGUAUCAAAUUUUCUCUUUGUAGUAGUUUCUUAAGUUAAUAGACAAUGUAAAAUAUAACGAUAAAUGGCAAGAAUAUAUAGGGCUUACCGCA